AUGUUGGCGCUACAGCAUCUCUGGGCCCGCCUGCGCGCUGCACCAUCGCAGCCCUUCGCACGAGCGAUGGCAACGGUAGCGGGCACAUCCAUCGCGGCAGUCUCGCUGUGGACUCUGAUUGCACAUAACUUCGUCACCUACGGGCCCUCCGAAGGUCCGUCGAUGUACCCGACCAUCCCCAGCCAUCGAUCCUACAACAUCUUGUCGCGACGGCACAAGCACGGCAGGAAUAUCCAGGUGGGCGACAUCAUCGUGUAUCAGAGUCCCAUGUUUCAGGGCCGCAGGGCGUGCAAACGCGUCAUUGGUAUGCCGGGCGACUACGUCGUGCGCGAUCCCAGCCUCUCUCCGACUGUCGGCGAUGCUCGCAUUCCUGGGUUAUACGAAGGCGCCUCAGAUGGCGUCCGCGAAGAGCCUGUCAUGGUACAAGUUCCUGAGGGGCAUGUUUGGGUCGCUGGAGACAAUCUGUCGUAUAGCAGGGACUCUCGAUUUCACGGUCCUGUGCCGAUGGCAUUGAUCCAGGGCAAGACGUUGUAUGUUGGGGAUGGUUGGUUCAAUUGGACGUCAUUGCGCAAACCACAGCUACAACCAGCGAUGCUGGCGGACGAGAAAAUGGGCAUGGAGGUCUCCCUGCCCGGUUGA